AUGGGAGAGUCUGUAAGAACGACUGACGGGACAGGCUACCAAUAUACAGAUAACUUUGCCGUUACUGACGAAUUGAAAGAGCAGUUUUACAGGGAUGGUUUCAUUAUAUUGCGGAAGUUUUUGGACACAGAAGAAGUGACUAACUUGAGAAAGGCCCUGGAGCAAGACAAGACCCUGGAGGACAAUUACUAUACCAGGGACGAUGGGGAUGGAUAUCAGGCCAAAACGGCCAACUGGAAUCACCCUGUGGAUGACAUAACCGGGAUGAUAGGGAGGAGUGAGAAAGCUGUCGGUACCAUGGAAAAGCUUUUAGGGGGAGAGGUAUAUCAAUAUCACGCCAAAGUCAUCAUGAAAGAACCAUUCACAGGUGGUGCGUUUGUAUGGCACCAGGAUUACGGUUAUUGGUACGUUUACGGCAACCUGUUUCCAGACAUGGCCACAGUGUGGAUUGCAGUGGACAGAGCAGACAGGACAAACGGGUGUCUACAGAUACUGCCAGGUUCCCAUCGAGCUGGUCGAAUAGAGCACGUGAAAGUUGGUGACCAAGCAGGGGCUGAACCGGAACGCGUAGAGUUCCUGGCCAAAGUUUGUCCCUUGACCUACGUCCAGCUUGACCCUGGAGACGCUGUGAUAUUUCACUGUAAUCUGGUCCAUCGAAGUGACCAGAAUCACAGCCAGAACCGGCGCUGGGCUUACCUUGUUUGCUAUAACCGUGCAUCCAAUGACCCAGUGUAUAAACAUCACUAUCCUAACUACACGCCCCUGAUUAAGGUACAGAAUAGCAGAAUUAAGGAAUGUGGCACUAGAGAACCAACCGAAGGAAAACUAUUUUUUCAAGGACCGAAAAGAGAGCGUGACCCUGCUAUAGAAGUGCUAGAAAGAAAGGCUUAAACUACAGUAUAUUCUGAGACUUUAUUCAGACAUCGAUUAAUUAUGAGACGCAAGGUUACCAUAUUACUAAAUUAAAUUGUUUUCAUUCUAUUAACGUUAUGAUGGAAAAUACUUUUUUGUUUUGAAUCUUUUUUAUCACAUAUCAGUAAUAUAUCUGACGGUUAAGAUCAGAAAGAUAACCUCAAAUAAUAAUUUUCUCAUGACGGUCUGAGAGCGUGGUACCAACAUUUUACAGAGGAUUAAUACAUACACUGUGAUACACAGGUAACUAUUUUUGUAAAAUCCAUCCUUUUUUUUAUAAGAAGUAAACCAUAUAUUCCCGUGAGUAACACCCCUUCCUUGUCCCAACCUGGAACUCUGAACCUCUGGUAAAUGUUUUGAUCUAAGGGCUUGUGCAUCAUAGUUGGGAAAAAAACUCCUGGGCCUGGUUUUAUAAAGGACGCUUAUCACUAACCGGUGGAUAAGCCUAACCAGUGGAUAAAUUCUCCAAACACUGGUUAACGGCGUUUAAAAUUGUGUUUUACAGCCGGUUAGUUAACGGACGUUUAAUUUUUUUAAAACCAGUGUUUAGUUGCUUUGAACAGCUUAUCCAGACCAUAUUUGGAAAUAAAAUUACCCAGAAUGCAAUGGGUUUCUAUAAACAAAAUAAAAUACCCAUAAUUAAUCCAUUGUUCAUUUGUUUUGUCUGCUAUUCUUCAAUGUACUUUGGC